AUGACAGUAGCACUGAGAUGGAUGAAUUUGGCUGGGGAAGGGGAGAAAGAUACGCACCAAAGAUCCCGUGACGGUCCCUGCCAAGGUGGAGCAUUUUUCUUGGCAGUUUGCUUCCUAGCAGAUUAUCCCUUCAAACCACCGCUUGCAUUUACAACAAGAGUGUGUCACCCAAAUAUUAACAGUAAUGUAGUGUUUCUCUUGAUAUUCUAUGGACACACUUGUUUCCAGCACUAUUUCAAAAGAGUACUUUUGUCCAUCUGUUCGUUGUGCAAUUCCAAUCUAGAUGAUCCUUUAGUGCCUGAGAGGGCAAAGAUCAACAGAACAGUAAAAUACAGCAGAAUAGCUUUGGAGUGGACUUGGAAAUAUGCAAUCUAA